UGUCGGUGCUAAGGCUCAGGCUACUUGCUGGAGUAGUAAACUGGGUUCCAUUACUGCUGUGACUGAUGUUUUCCAGCGCCGACAAAGGCUGAGAGGAGGAGGGGGGACUGAAAAGAUGGAAAGUGAAAGUAAAGUGAUCAGACGCGAGAAGUGUCGAAAACGGUUAGCCACCAGCUCCGUGAAGAGCGCAGCAAGUGUGAGUGUGGAUGGACACGGCCUCACCAUGACAUCAUGUAAACAGAGCACCUUUAUACUUUUUAUCCUGAGCUGGAUCGACGUUUCAGAAGCGGGAUGUCAUAACUAUUUCACAGACACGGAUUGGGAAGAAUAUCUGCGAGAACCAGUCGACUACGUACACCUUCCAAAUAAGAAUGACAGCAUCAGAUGUACUCUACAGAUAAAUUCAAUCCCAGAUGAAGAAAAUGACACAUUUAAAUCCAUUCUUCAACAAUGCUAUAAAGAAGAAAAAAAACACAACAAUACAAUGUGUCGUGAGCACACAAUUUAUAAAAUCUCUUACUACCACUUCAUGUGCUGGACAGCCAGUGCCCUGAAUGUCCAAUCUAGUGACUGCUAUCCCGGAGACGUAUGUCUCGACCGAGGUUCAGCAACAACAAUACCACCACCAACAACAACAGUGCCAGGAAGAACAUCAACAGCACCACCACCAACAACAACAGUGCCAGGAAGAACAUCAACAGCACCACCACCAACAGUUAACGCACUUUACAGCAGAGAAGAUCCUGGGAAUUCAGACAAAUCGGCUGUGUCUUUAUUAAGUAUAUCGCUGAUACUCAACGGGGUCCUGCUGCUGUUGGUCAUUUACCUGUGCCAGAGGAGGAAGAAGUUAACUGUAGAAAUUUUAAGUGAGCCCACAUCGCCACAAGCUCGGCUCACGGCAAACGAGCCAAACUCCACUAUACCACUACAAAACCAUGAGUCGUCCUAUUUAAUACACGAAAACAAAAGGGCCCCUGUGUGUAGCUCCACCAACACACAUUCACUUCUCAAUGGAAACGACUGUGCUGUCAAUGAAAUACUUCCUUAACCUACAUGCGUGCAGCGCGUAUUCGGGAAGCUAUGGGACGUAGCAAAGCAUUGGGGUGGAGUAGGACAACUCUAAGACUGCUUGGUAACUGCUAACACUAACCUGAAUGGUGAAGAGGAGCGGCGCUAUACAAGCUGCAGCCUGCCGGCUCACCCACGCUGUAAUCUCUGUUCAAGACAGAGUAUUGCAUUACCCCAGCACCAUCACAAAGAAAAGUGAAAGGCACUGAGCCUGACACUGAUCUGUCUUGCAUGCUUCAGAAUAACACACUAUUGUUAUUGUUAUUGUGAUGUUGGUUGCAGGACUGAUAAUUAUUACUGCAACCCCAAAUUGGUAUUGGUCCUGAGUGGCCAAUAUAUAUUUAUCAAUAUGGAUGUAAAAAUGUCUGUCUAUAAAUGUACAUCCUCAGUACAGUCCUCUGGGCAUUGGACCCAAACAAAAGCACUCCUGUUUUUUGGUAGUUUAUUUUUUUCAGUACUUGUGUGGUCGUACAACAAAGUGAAAUUGUAAUAUUUUGUUGAGUUUCCCAGAGACAUUAAAUGUUUAUCUGUAUUAAAAGAUUGACUAUGAACCAUAAGUGAGUUAGCUUGCUUGGUUGAGAUACAACACUGUAGAUGAUGUGAAAAGUCCUGAAGUUCUUUUUAUAUUGUAAAUAGAGAAUUCACUAUGUACUCAUUCAAAAGUGAAUGGUUCUAAAGAAUAUAGAGAGAUAGUACUUUAUUGAUCCAGAAAGGAAAUUCUUUUGAGCUAUAGCCAUAAUUGACCGUUGACCAACUGUUGAUAAUAACUUUUAAUAACUAUAAAGCAACACCAUCCACUCUUCAUUGUAUUUGGUCUGUUUAGUGAUUUUCAAAGUCACUUAAUUCAGGUUUAACCAUUUUGCAACUGUCAUGUGAUGCCUCUUUUUUAUUUUUUUUAUUUAUAUUUAUAUUUUUAUAUGACCAAAAUGAUGACUAAAUUACUUACCGAUUUUGUUCAAAAUUGGCCAGUUAGAUAGCUCCCACUCUGAACCUCCAUCCACUGAGGUUUACCUCAAUGUCAGCAUGCCAGGAGUGAUGACAUAAAUAGAGCUAAGAGGAAGAGCUAAGCUAUGCCUGCUGCAUGUGUAUUAUUUAACUCCUCUGGCAUUAUAUGUAUAUAUGCAUUUAUGUAUGUGUGUACUGUGUAAAAAUGUGAACUUGUUCUUGCUGAUUGUAAUACAUUCUUAGCGUACGAUUGUUGUUGUGAUUAAAGCUUCUUUCAAACUGUU